AUGUCCGACAAACCGACCCCCUCGAAAGCCGACGAAUGGAAGGGUUCCAAAGCCAGCAAAUUCGACAAGUACGCCACCGCAACGAUCGCGUCGCAAAUCGAAUACUUUGAUCCAUGUCAAGAGGCGGCGGACAAGAGUAUAAAGUGUUUGAAGAGGAAUGGUGCAAGAAGCAAGGAGAGAAGCGAGAAGGAACAAGUCAUGGUUUGGUUGAGCAAUGCGGGCGAGAUUUGGGACGCGCAAAUGUACAACAUCUCCUCUCUUCAUGGGCACGGCGUUUGA